CAUAACAAAAAAUGAGGUUUAUUGUUAUUUGAAGCUGUUGUGUAUUUUAAAAUUAUAAAUGAUACGGCUUUUUUACUUGUAGGUACAUAAAAUACCAUUAUUUAGACAAUAUUCUUAUACAUCAACGUUAAAAAUGUCUGACGACGAAGUUAUACGCUUUGAAAUUACUGACUAUGAUUUGGAUAAUGAAUUCAAUCCUAACAGAAAUCGAAGAGCUAAGAAAGAAAAUCAGAUAUAUGGUAUAUGGGCAAAAGACAGUGAUGAAGAAGAUAAUGAAGAUAAUAUCAGACAGAGAAGUCGCAAGCCAAAAGACUUCUCGGCUCCUAUUGGCUUUGUGGCAGGAGGCGUACAUCAGGCCGGGAAGAAAAAGGAAGAGAAAAAAAAAGAAUUAUUAGAGAAGUCGGAAGCAUCCACAUCUCGACCCAAAUUUGCAGACAGCUCAGAUGAGGAUGAACCAGCAAAUCCAGACGAAAGAGAAACUGCAGGCAUCCGUCGCACAGGGCAAGGUUUAAGAGGUGUCAAUCUCGGAGGAAGUGUUGGAGCUUGGGAAAAGCAUACCAAAGGAAUUGGUGCUAAGCUUUUGUUACAGAUGGGCUACCAACCGGGAAGAGGUCUGGGUAAAGAUCUACAGGGUAUAUCAGCGCCUGUAGAAGCUACUGUGAGAAAAGGAAGGGGCGCUAUCGGAGCUUACGGACCUGAAAAGGCAGCUCAAAAAGCGAAAAAAGAUGAGGAACGCCGUCAGAAAGAGAAAGAAAAAGAGGAAGAAGGCAGCAAGGAGAAGACUUGCAACUGGAAAAAAUCUCACAAGGGUCGCUACUUCUACAGGGAUGCGGCAGAUGUGAUACAAGAGGGUAAACCCACCAUGCAUACUAUUAGCAGCGACGAGCUGUCGCGCGUGCCGGUCAUCGACCUGACGGGGCGCGAGAAGAAGGUGCUGAGCGGCUACCACGCGCUGCGGGCCGCCGCGCCGCGCUACGAGCACGAGCCGCGCCGCGCCUGCACGCGCUUCCAGGCGCCCGAGCUGUCGCACAACCUGCAGCUCAUGGUGGACUGCUGCGAGCAGGACAUCAUCCGCAACGCGCGCGAGCUGCGCCAGGCCGAGGACGAGAUCGUGGUGCUGGGCCGCGACCUCGAGGACCACGACGCCGAGCUGCGCGACGAGGACGCCGUCAUCGACCGCGUGCAGGCCAUCCUCGCGCGCGUCGAGCGGCUCGACCGGCCCGACGCCUCGCUGGACACCGCCCACGACGUGCUCUCGGAUUUGAAGGAGUCGUUCCCGCUCGAGUACGAAGCGUUCGGGCUCGGGACCGUCGCCGGCAACAUCGUCGGCCCGCUGCUCAGCGCGCUGCUGGCCAAGUGGGACCCGCUCGAGAGCCCCGACGGGCCCGUGGCCGCGGUCGCCCGCUGGCGGCCGCUGCUCGCGGGCGACGCGUACGACGCGCUGCUGGGGCAGCUGCUGCUGCCGCCGCUGGCGCGCGCGGCCGAGGCGUGGGAGCCGCGCGAGCCGGCACGCAUGGUGGCGGCGCUGGAGGCGUGGCGCGGCGCGGGCCCCGCCUGGCUGCCGCGCGCGGUGGCGGCGCGCCACGUGGCGCCGCGCCUGCUGGGCGCCGUGCGCGCCUGGGACCCCACGCGCGACACGCUGCCCGUGCACCGCUGGGUGCUGCCGUGGCACGCGCUGGCGGGCGAGGCGCUGGCGGCGGCGGUGUACCCGCUCAUCCGCUCGCGGCUGGCGGCGGCGCUGGCGGCGUGGCACCCGGCCGACGCGUCGGCGCGGCCGCUGCUGGCGGCGUGGCGCGACGCGUGGGGGCCGGCGCUGGUGCCGCUGCUGCACCACCACGUGCUGCCCAAGCUGGAGCACUGCCUGCGCGCCGCGCCCGUCGAGCUCGUCGGCCGCGAGAACGCGGCGUGGCUGUGGUGCGUGCAGUGGCUGGAGCUGCUGGGCGCGCCCACGCUGGGCGCGCUGGCGGCGCGGGCGCUGCUGCCGCGCUGGCUGGGCGCGCUGGCGGCGUGGCUCAACUCGGCGCCGCCGCACGCUACCGUGCUCGCCUCCUACUCCGCCUUCCGCAAAAUGUUCCCGGAAGAAGUUCUCAAAGAGCCCGUGGUACGUGACGCGUUCAGGAAAGCCCUGGAUAUGAUGAACCGAAGCACUGAUAUCGAUUCCAUCGAGCCACCCCCUCCACCUCGCUUCACCCCCUCUGACUCUAAGGACACCUCCAAAAUUGACAUACUGGCAUCAGUGGCUCAGCAGAAGAGCUUCUCCGAGCUUCUAGAAUCUAGAUGUAUUGAAAAGGGGAUAACAUUCGUCCCCAUCGCAGGAAAACUAAGGGAGGGAAGGCCCCUGUACAAGAUUGGGGAGUUACAGUGUUAUGUUAUACGCAAUGUGAUAAUGUAUUCCAAUGAUGGGGGCAGGACGUUCGCCCCUAUAGGUCUGGACAGGUUGCUGAGUUUAGUGGAAGAGUGAAAUUAAUAAAUUAUUAAAACAUUA